ACCAUCCAGAAUCAAGUCAACGAUCAUCGAAGAUCAUGUUGACCCUGAGCAGAUGCUGCCAGGCCAGAUCUUUGAAGAUCCUCAGCCGUUGAGUGUUCCGGGCCCCUCCAGGAUCAAGCAAACAGCAGAUCCGGCCCAUCCUGAGUCACCAACGGCCCUGACCGGUCAUGUUGAUACUGAGCUAGUGUGUCUGCCAGGCCAGAUCUGGGAAGAUCCUCAGCCAAUCAGUGUCCAUGGCCUCACCAAUAUUAAGAAAACGACGGAUGCAGAUUCGGCCUGUCCUGAGUCGCCUCCGUCUGUUCAACACCCCUCUAAAAUUGAUGGGACUGAUGGUGAGUCAUCCUGAAUUUGGUUCAUCUGUUAUUUUUAUGCUUUGUUGUUUUUAGCUUGUAAAUCAGACAGUGUCAUUUGUUGUGCUGUUAAUUGUGUAUUAAUUGCUAGCUGCAGCUCUGUUCAUGAAGAUGUUUCUGUUUGUUUUCUUCAUUUUAGAAAAACCCAAGAAAGGAAGGAAAGGGAAAAGAGUCUCUGCUUUCUUUAAGAGAGUAUGGAAGGCUGUAACGCGCCCUUUCCUGUGCUGUGACACAGAUAUAGUCCAGCAUUUUACGCCACAACCAGAGCUAAAGGAAGCUAACAAGGCUUCUGGACCUCCUCGUGGAUUAGAUCUGUCUGAUUUUAAAGUAGGAGCCUUGAUUGGAGAAGGAGGUUUUGGCCAGGUGUUUGUGGCAUCUUACAAGCAUCGUAAAAGAGUAAAGGUUGCCCUGAAGUUUAUCAACAAGGAUGAAGACGACCGCUAUCUCGACAUUGAUGGUCAUUCCACACCUGUGCUCGCGGAAGUGGCAGUGAUGCUUAAGUUGGCGAAUGCUCCGCAAUGUCCAAACAUCAUCGGAUUACACGACUGGGUUGAGAAUGAGAACAACUUCAUUCUCAGUCUGGAGUACGCAGAGUCAUACCAGACCUUGGAACAGUACAUCAAUGAAACAUUUGACGUUGGUGAAAAGCGAGCACGCCGGUUAAUGCGUCAGUUGAUCCAAGCUGUAAAGUUCUGCACUGAGCGUGGAGUUUUCCAUGGAGAUAUACACACGCAGAACAUCCUGGUGUCGAAAUCCCGAUUACAGCUCAAAUUAAUCGACUUUGGUUGUGCUUGGCCAAUUACCAGCGAGCCUUUCGACAGCGAUGAUUAUCAAGGAGCUGCUAUAUGCACGCCACCUGAGGUUUUCACGCUCCCCAUAUUCUAUGCUGACCCAGUAAACGUCUGGACAAUUGGCAUCGUGCUGUAUGAAAUCUUGCAUGCAUAUAUGCCCUUUACUGACGAACGUUCAAUAAUGUUUGAAUCCGCUGAGAUACGCCCCAGGUUCUCUACAGAAUGCCAGGACCUGAUUUCCCAGUGUUUCAUCCGUAAUCCAGUUAACCGGCUAAGGUUACAUCAGGUAGAAGAGCACGAGUGGUUCAAUCCUGCGCAGCAGUUAAACAAGAGGAGAAAAAAACUAAAGAUCCCAAGAAGAGGAAAGCAUCAUUAAAGUCACUAAACUAGCAUUAUCGGUUAUUAAUUACUCCCUCAUGUCAUUCCAAACCCCUAAGAUCUUACUUUUCUUCAGUGUCAGUUCAUGACGUGUGUUGAUGAGAGCUCUGUCCUGCACUGUGUGUGUGUCGCACUGCUGACGUUUACCUCAGAUGUGCCCACGCUUUGUUUAAAUGAGAGGAAGUCGCGCAGGCCUCUGGGUUAUCCGUCAGCAGUGCGACACACAUCCAGUGCAGUACAGGACUUCUGAAGUCAUUAUUUUUGUUUUAUUUUUGUGUUUUUCUUUCUGCAUAAAGAAGUUUCGUUUAAAAAUGACAGCUGUAGCUCCAAACCCCUGACACCUUUCCUCAUCUUCAGAAAACAAAUGAAAAUAUUUGAGAUGAAAUCAAAUCAUCAAACCAUGAGAGCUCUGUCCUGCACUGUAUGUGUGUCCACUGCUGACGUUUACCUCAGAUGUGCCCACGCUUUGUUUAAAUGAGAGGAAGUCGCGCAGGCCUCUGGGUUAAACGUCAGCAGUGCGACGCUCUUCUGAACGUGCGGUUUGAGGGUCAGAGAGCUCUCAGAUUUCAUCUCAAAUGUUUUAAUUUGUGUUCUCAAUAUGAACUAAACAUGAAUAUGAACUAAGGACAUGAGGUGAGUAACUAAUGACAAUAAUGGUAAUGAAUGGUGCCUAGACCGCAGCUCUGCACAAGACCUUUGGCCACAGGAGAAAUGGUCGUGCCCAACCGAGCCUGGUUUCUCUCGAGGUUUUUUUCCUUCACUUUUGUCAAUUGGUGAAGUUUUGUUCCUCGCCACUGUUGCCGCUGGCUUGCUUGGUUGGGACUUGUGGAGCUGCGCAUCGAUGGAUUUGCUCUUCAGUGUUUGGACUUUCAGCAGUGACAAUUAAACCACACUGAACUGAA